UAUUUUAUCAGUUCCAACGAACUCAAGUCUUCUCCGAUCUGCAAUGGCGGACGCGUCUAGUUCCGACAUCACCGGAGAGAAACAGACAUUCAAGAUCCGAAAACUGGAGAUCACCGACAAGAGAAAUGGAUACAUGGAGCUUCUCAGCCAACUCACCGUCACAGUAUCAGUCACCGACGACGAAUUCGAUAAGCGUUUCAAGGAGAUCACCUCCUACGGAGACGACCAUUUGAUCUGCGUGAUCGAAGAAGAGUCAUCAGGUAAGAUCGCGGCGACGGGGAGCGUGAUGAUAGAGAAGAAGUUCCUGAGAAACUGCGGCAAAGUCGGGCAUGUAGAGGACGUUGUCGUGGAUACAGAGUUCCGCGGGAAACGUCUCGGGAAGCGAGUGGUUGAGUUUCUAACGGAUCAUUGUCGAGCGAUGGGUUGCUACAAGGUGAUUCUUGAUUGUGGCGUGGAGAAGAAAGAGUUCUACGAGAAAUGUGGGUUGGUUUAUAAAGGGAUUCAAAUGUCAAAGUACUUUUGAUUGAAUCUUUGUUUUCUUGUCUUACUAUAAGCUUUGGUCUGAAUCUAUUGCAAAAGGUUUGAUGAUUAAUGAGAAACAUAUAGUUUGGUAAUAGAAAAGGUUUACACUUUGAGAA